ACAGGUGAAUGCACUUUAUAUUCGUGAUUGUUGAUUAUUACUACUGAUGUGAAAAAUGGCAUCUCAGUAAUAAUGGAAUUGUAUUCACUAGUAAACGAUCAUUUACAAAGUGAUAAUUCAAAUUAAUUGUUUCAUUAAGUAGAAUAUUUCAACAAUAUCACUUAAUCAAAGAUGCCUCGAAAAUACAUAUCAAAAAAUGUGAGAAGCCAAUGGUCUUCAGAAGAUCUCAAAGCAGCUGCCAAAGAAGUUUUAGAUAAAAAAUCAUCACUUGGGAAAAUUGCAGAAAAGUAUAAUAUUUCUGCACGCACAUUAAGAAGACGUAUUGAAAAAAAUAAUUUAGAAAAAAUGAAGUUAGGAAGAAGAAGUAGUUUAGGAGAUGCAAAUGAAACCAAACUUGUAAAUUAUAUUAAAAAAUUAGAAUCCAUUGGAUACAGUCCUUUAACACGUGAAGAAGUUCGGAUGCUGGCAUUCGAAUUUGUAAUAAAAAACGGUAUAGCUCACAGAUUUAAUAUGGAAAAAAAGGAAGCUGGAUAUGAUUGGUUAAUGGCUUUUUUGAAGAGGCAUCCUGAAUUGUCAGUCUAUCAAAAUCAGACCACAAAUAAUAAAAGGAAAGAUAAACCUGGCAAAAAAAGUUCUAUGGAAAAUAUAGAAAUAAAUGAAAAUGAAACCAAACACAUAAUUAAAGAACAGGAGAAUAACAAGUGAAGAAAAUUUAAAAGGAUUUCAAUAAUAUUAUCAUAUAAGCAACGGUUGUGGUAUAGCCAUAUUAUCAAUAAUUAUCAUAUAAUCUAUCUGAUAUCUGUAAUCUCUAACUGAUAAAGUAUAAUUAUCAUGCUA